UUGGCAGCAAAUCAACCUUUCCUCUGCACAGCUUCAACAUAAUGAAGUUUGAUAAGGAGCGAAUAGAAAGGAAGAUCCACACAUGCAAACAGGAUCACAAAGCUCCUCCAAAGGACCUCCUGGAUCAGCAUCGGGAGCUUACACAGCGGAUCCAGUGGCAGAAAUCGCAGCUGGAUCGCCGGGACCCUGCAGUUCUGAAAGAAUAUGUGACCCAGCUGGAGAGAUAUGUACACUACUACACAGACGCAGCUAAACGACUAGGCACAGAAGGGAAUCGAGAUUUAGCUAAAGAAGCAUUAUACAAGAGGAAGUUGGUGGAUGAUGAGCUGCAAAGAUUCAGACGAUAAGGACUGCAGUGUUUGGAUCGGCGCCACGUCCUUGCUCUCAGUCUGCAGUAAACACUUGUGGCAUUUAAAUUACACCAUGUAUGUCCAGAAAAAUACUCAACUUUCAGGACUGUUGGAUGAAAAAAAUCCAAUUAACCGCUCUGCAAGCAGUCUACCUUGAAGCUCCUCUAUAUCCCUCACAAGUGGGAUAUGGAGCCGGACAAUGGAAAGUACUAUAGACAACGCUAUCCAACUGGAAAUCGAAAUACCAAGAAUUCUGUGGAGCGGGAGCUAUGCAGGAGGUGCUGAAGGAUGUCCUCAACUGAGGUUGAAAUGUACAGCUGAAUCACACCAUAUCCUUCUUGCGUUCCUAGGGUUAUAUUUUCCCUCUCCCCUUGCAACUCCACCCCCACUCUGCAGCCCCAGACCUGUAGGUGGGUGUCUGAUACUACCCCGUCAAGUAACGUGAAAUAAUUUCUGAUCAUGAUAAGAUGCUUCUUUUUAUUCAAUAAUUAUAGUGCAAAAAAAAAAUUUCAUCAGCCCUGUCUUCAAGCCCCACUAGCAAUGCCUCUAAUUGUCCAAUGUGGGAGAUCGAAAGAUUCUACUGUACCCAGUUUUGAUUCAAUUUUAUUUCAUGGGAUUGUGGUUUUAUUUCAGUUUGGUGUUCGGAGUUUGAAUUCUGCAGGUCCAAUUAAGUUUUUAUUUUCUUCACCCCGCCCAACCUCCGCCCCCCCCCCCCCCCCCCCCCCCCGCAAAUAUCAAAAGCAGUGGCCUUAACUUUGUGUCCUAGCUGCUGACAUAAUUUGAAAGAUCUCCCCGUAUCCAGCUGCAAUUUUGUGGGGUGGGGCUUCUUGUAACGCUGCCCUUUCUGCUGAGACUGGAGUGCAGUUGGGCUGGGGAUUGUCAGGUGAAGUUCAACUCCUCUUCACAAGUUUUGUGUGCGAGUUGGUGACCCGUGAGGGUCCUGCAAACAUUGGGGCUGCAGACUUGAUGGAACAGCACUAACAUUUCUUUGUUUUAAAACCCGUGUUUCCAAGGGAAAAUGGCAGGAAAGAGCAGUGACUGAAAUGACAGUGAAACGAACCUGCCCACUGACGUAUGGGGUAGCAGAAUGCUGGAAUCACUGGCCCUCAAAAUUAAACAGUCUCCACAUGGCACUGCAGGUCCUAGCUGUAAUCCUAAGUAGCUGAGUGGUGGCUUUAAGGCGAAGUGCACAAUUUUUAAAUUGUUCGCCUUGGUGCUCUGCUCGUGUGGGUUAGGCAUAUGGGUGGGAAGGUGCAUGGGAAGAACAUUCUCUCAUCAAUGUAAUAACUGAAGGUAACAUUUGUCUCCAUUUGAAGUUUGUUUUUUAUUUGUUGCUUGCAGUCAGUUACUUUGAAAUCAUGACUGAAUCACUGCCCUAGUGGCACUAUCCACUUAUGAUUAUAUUUGUAACGUAAAUUUGACUGUGGAAGAGCAAAAUUCUGUGACAAUGAAUUGGGUUGUUAUUAUAGAACAGGACUGAGAGUUUAGUCAGGACUUUACUCACUGUCCAGGGGUUUGGGUGAGGUUACAUUAGAAUUUUAGCUUUAAGUUUUAAAUUUCUGAAAAUCAUUAAUUUAGGGAUGCAUUAUUAAACAUUGAGAUUCCUUUUACACCUUGCACAGAUUGUGUUCCAGGAAGGCUGUUCUGCUGUUCAGCAUAAAGCGGUUUUGAUUAUUUUCUUAAUUUCUUCUUUCAAAGCCCAGACCAAUGAUGUGCAGCUCUGUUGGCUGACGAUCUCUGGUAUCUUGGCCAGCUAAUUAUUAUUUACAUAGAAGCCCAGAUAGUUAGCGAUGAGUGUGUUUGUUUUUUUUUCCUUGUUGGGAGGGAUUCCAGGCAGGUCCUGACCACCAGCAAACCCACCCCCAUCAAGCCUGUUGAUUUCCAGUGUGCACAAGGAUUGGGCUGGGAUGGCAGAUGGAGUUUGCUUGUACAGUCGCCCUCUUUCCCACCAUGUUAUUCAGGAAUCCUGUUGUCCUUUGGCCAAUCAAAAACGGUCCACAGUGGUUUCAUUGAAAUUUGAAAGGAAGAGGGAGGCACGAGAACUGAGAUGAGGUUCAGCCUGAACAGAGCCUGAUUGUGAGAUCAGAUGGAAGUGUAGCUGACCCUUUCUUUGCUUUCCAACUCUUUGUUUCUAUGCAAACAGUGCAGGUGUGGGGGAACCUUGUGAAGCAUCCGCCACCGCUGACCAUCUCCCAAGCCAGCUUUGGUUGUAGAAAAUGAUCACAACUCGGGAUGUUAUCAAAUGUAUUUGUGAAGCCUUAAGAGUGCAUAGUAAAAGCACCAGAGUAUUUAUUUAAAAAGCUUUAAUUUGGCAUUGAAGUGCAUAGUGACCGAGAUUGUAGUAUAUUAGGUAGUGGGCAAUGCCUCCGUGUAUGCGCACACAUGUAUGCGUGUCUAUAUAGCAUGUGAAUGUAUAUGUGCACACUUAUUGUAUUGCACACAUGUGUAAUGAAUGGACUGCCACUGGGACCAUAACAGAAUUAAUGGUUCAGAUGUUGGAGAUGAUGAUAAAGCACAUCUACAUGAUUAGGUUUCUGGUUCAAUGCAUUGUUUUACAGGAAGCGAUUCUUGGUGUGUCCCUCAAGAAAUUUCAGGACAAGAAUACUAUGUUGGAUCUGUGCUCACCUGGUUUAGGUUCUUAAGACCAUCACUAGGAACAGAAAUAGGCCAUUCAGCCAACCAAACCUGGUCUACCCUUCAGUACGAUCAUGUGGACCUGAUUGUGGUCUCAGCGACACUUUUUCCUUGUUUGUACCCAUAACCGUUCCCUCCCUCAACUAUCAAAAAUCUUUCAAACUCCGCCUUGAAUCUGUCCCAAUGACCCAGCCUUCGCUGCUCGUUGGGGAACAGAGUUCCAAAGGCCAAUGACCCUUUAAGUAAGGGAAUUUGUCCUCGUGCUCCUUGUCUUAAAUGGGUGACAACUUUUACUGAAACAGUGCCCUCCACUUCUUGAUUCCCCCAGAAGAGAAAACAUCCUCUCGGCAUGUACCCUGUCAAGGCCCCUCCAAAUCUUGUAUUUCUAUAUGAUCACCGCUGUCUUCCAAACUCUGUUGGGUACAGACAAUCAACUUCCUCUUUCUUCAUUUCCAGGAAUCAGCCGGCCGACCUUUCUCUGCACUGUUUCCAAUACAAGUUCCUUGAGUAAUAAGACCCAAGAUGUACAUGGUACUCGGGUGGAUUUUUUUAAUCAACAUCCUGUACAGUCGUAGUAAGCCUUCCCAACUUUAUACUUCCUCCUGUAAAAAUAGGACAACAUCCCAGAUGCCUUCCUAAUUAUUUGCUGUACCUGCGUGCUCUGUUUCUUUUUGUGCGUCAUGCACAAGGACACCAGAUCCGUCUCUGGUGUGGCAUUCUGCUGUCUCUUUUUCCUCUCUCUUUAAAUAAUAGUUGACGGGCCAGAAUUGGUGCUGUGCAGCAACUGACACCUCUUUUCCCCCCCCCCCCCCCCACCCCAAUCAGUGCUUUGUGAAAUGAGAAGAUGAAGGGCUGAUGUUUCAACUGUAGACUGUCUCACUCCAAGUCAGUGCUCCUGCAAGAUCAAUGCCAUGCUACUUAUUCCUCAUUUUCCAGGCACUGCUGUAUAGUUCCAUCAUUUUCUGUUUUUCGCUCAAGCAGAGGGUGAGCCAGCCAAAGGAAUUUGGGUCAAUAGGUUUGAGCUAUUUAGGGAGGAGAUUUGGUUUGAGACAUUCCUAUAUUCCAGAAAUAUAAUGUGUAAAGCACUGCACUUAAUAUUUUACUGAGCAGACAUGACAGUUUUUUUACCAGGUCCCAAUUGGUUUGUAGAGUAAAUAAUGCUGUGAUGACAAGAGUGAAAGGUCAGCAUCAAUCUCAUCCAACAAUUAAACGUGCUCACUAUCAGACUUAGUUUUGCAAUUUAUCGUGGUUAAUCCUCCAACCUGCUCUGACUGUGAUUGUCCAACUGAUGGGUCAGGGCAGUGGGGGGUGCGUAGAGAGGGCUGGGUGACCCUCAUAGAGUGUGGUAGCCACCCAGGAGGUUUUCUAUAGUCACUCGGGAUGAUUCCUUUCCCUUUCACUGCUCAUUUGGAGAGAGGCACACAGCAAAGGCUGCCGAUAGGACAGCUGUUUGGUGAAAUUACUGCAUUCUGGAAUAUGCUGGACGUCCCCCAACCCAUCCCUUUCUAUAUGUGAUGUGAUGCACCUGACUGUACACCAUACAGAAUUGCAAGGACUGCCCUGGGCUGAGGGGUGGAUGCCCCCCUCCUCACCAUCCCCACCGUGGGUAGGGGCUAAGGUAUUUGUGUUGAGGCGCACCUAUCUAUUCCCUGAUUGGGUAAUCCAAUGAUGGACUCCCCUGGCAUUGCUGUUGAAUCGUUAAGAAAAGGACUGACAUUGCCCCAUCUGCCUUCCAUUUCGGGUCUCGGUGGCACUCUCCCAGCUAACCUGCCACCUUCGAUAGCAACUGUGCCAGGCAAGCAAUGAAUACAUCCUGCACAAAAAUCCAGCAAAACAUACCCCGUGAGCUUUAAUCGUUUCAUAAACAGGCAGAAUUUAUUUUUUCUUUAAAAAUCUGGCUCUCCACCCCCUGUCCCUGUUAAGGAAGAGCGUCCACUGCCACCAACUUGAAUGGGCUUGUUAUAACAGUAGCACAACAGGACUGAUACAGGCCUAACCUGUGGUCACAGCAAGUGUUCUUCAUGUGAAUGUUAUCUUGUGUUUUGCACAGAUUCCUGCACAAUGCCUUUUAUUUCCAAUUCCAGGAAGAGGAUGGGGUUAUUUUAGAAUCUGGUGAAGUGCCUGGUAACUGUGUACUUGAAUGUCUUACAGAUUGGAAUGUACUGUGUAAAGUGGCGAUGAUAUUGAUUGCUGUUCGUUCUUAAUAAAGGGAUACAGGAA